GCUCGUCCACAAGGGGCGCGCUCACGGGCAGCGCUGCUGGAGACGCGGCGGCUUCAUCGGGGCUAAAUGUAGCUGCCUGCUAACCACUAGCGGGCUAAGCUAAAGGCCGUUUUCCGUCAGUGAGCUCCGCGGGUUCCGAGUUUCCGUCAUGUCUGUGUCAAUGAACCUGAACUGUCCGGGACUCUACUGCGGAAUUAAGAAUGGAUCAGAGCAGUGUGGGGCUUGCCCUCGAGGGGAGAGGACGAACAUAAUGAAGAUCUGCCAAAAAUGCAUGGACACUCCGGAGCUGUACGACUGGCUGUACUUGGGCUUCAUGGCCAUGCUUCCUCUGGUCCUGCACUGGUUUUUUAUUGAAUGGUAUACCGGGAAGAAAAGCUCCAGCGCCCUGUUCCAGCACAUUACGGCCCUGUUUGAAUGCAGUGCUGCAGCAGUGGUCACUCUGCUGGUGAACGACCCAGUGGGAGAGCUGGCCAUCCGCUCCUGCCGAGUCCAGAUGCUGUCGGACUGGUACACCAUGCUCUACAACCCCAGCCCGAACUACGUCGACACACUGCACUGCACUCAGGAAGCCGUGUUUCCUCUGUACACCAUUGUGCUGAUCUACUACGCCUUCUGCCUGGUCUUCAUGAUGAUGCUGCGGCCGCUCCUGGUGAAAAAGAUAGCGUGCGGUUUGGGGAAGACUGACCGUUUUAAAAGCAUAUACGCAGCUCUGUACUUCUUCCCCAUCCUCACUGUUCUGCAGGCAGUGGGUGGAGGCCUGCUCUACUAUGCCUUCCCCUACAUUAUUUUGGUGUUGUCCUUGGUCACCUUGGCUGUGUAUAUGUCGGCUUCAGAGAUACAGUCUUUUAAGAACCUUGUUGCCAAGAAGAAGCGGCUGGUGGUGCUCUUCAGCCAUUGGCUCCUCCACGCAUACGGCAUCAUCUCAAUCACCCGGUUGGAUAAUUUAAAGCAGGAUUUGCCGCUGUUGGCUCUGGUGCCUGGACCCGCUCUCUUUUAUUUACUCACGGCCAGGUUCACAGAGCCAAACAGGAUUUUGUCUGAAGGUGGAAAUGGACACUGAUGUGGUGGAAGAGGCCUUCAGCUGGUGGCUGAUCAAUACUGACCAUAUAAGAAACUUCAGCUACUAUGACAAAUGGCAUAUGCAGGGGGAAGUCCACCAGGUUUUCAAAAAUUCUGUAUAAUUCUGUGGUUGAGACGGUCAUCCAGAGUGGUUUAGUGUGAAAUGGUUGAUUUGUAGAGACUCGGAUUUCUUCAUAGUGGUGGUGAUGGGAACCAGGCGUCGCCAUGACUACAACACAGAUAUAGAAAAUUUACUUACCAUCCAGAACAACCAGAGAACCUACACGAGUCUCCUGAGAUUAUAUGGAGUGUUUAUGAUGGGAAAAUAGUGACAAAUCUGAGGAAAAUACCUUUUCUUUGGGACUGUUUUGCCUCACCACGUCCUGCAUGUAUCCCUCCACCAUGAAUGAAUUUUAAAAAAUACAUUUUAGAUCAAAAUCUAAACUGUCCUAAAACAGCGUCUCAGUGAAUUCAGAACCAUUUC